CCCCGGCCCCCCGCUGCCCCAGUGCAGUUCGGCGACUGCCUGUACAUCGCGGUGAACGGGGACGGCGCGGAGGGCGAGGACGACCUGCGCAGGACGCUGUACGUGCUGCGGCGCCUGGUCGAGGCGCACUUCGGGCUGGUCACCCUCGACUCCCGCCUGCUGCGCAAGGAGCUGCGGCCGGCGGACUCGGAGCAGCGCAGCCGCGUGUGGGCCCUGCUGCGGAGCCUGCUCCAGACCUACAUCCGCCUGCGGGACGAGGACCAGAGCUUCGCCGUGGAGGCGGUGGAGCGGCUGAUCCACCCGCAGCUGUGCGAGCAGUGCAUCGAGGUCCUGGAGCGCCAGGUGGUGCAGCACAUCAACAGCUGCGCGGAGCGCGGCAGCACCGAGGUGGCCCACGCCUUUCUGCUGGUGCACACCAAGCUGCUGGCCUUCUACUCCAGCCGCAACGCCAGCUCCGUCCGCCCGGCUGACCUGCUGGCCCUCAUCCUCAUCGUGCAGGACCUGUUCCCCAGCUGCAGCGGGGAGGAGGAGCCCGCCUCCCAGCCUGCAACAGCGGGCCUGACUCCCCCGAGGCCGAAGAGCAGCGAGAGCAUCCCUGUGCAGAGCCUUGGAGCCGCCGAGACAAAGGCAGGGGAGCAGGAGGGCAACGGCGAUGACCUCUCCACAGCCGAGGAGUUCUACACGCCCCAGCCCUCGCCUGGCGGCCGCAGCUCAGGAAGCGAGAGCUGGUCAGAGAGCAUCGAGCUGCCGAGCUCUGCAGAAGCAGAUGCUGCAGACGUCCAGAUGGCAGAGGACUCACUCCAGGCCCUGGCACCCCCCAUGCCCGACGCCACCAACCCUCGGAGGAUCUUCCUGGACACCAACCUGCGGGAGGGCUACUGCCCCAUGCUGCCCCACACCAUACACUGCCUACUGCUCUGGCCUGGCAUCUGCCUCGUGCUGCUGGCCAAGGGCCCCAGCACGCCCGUCGCCCUGACCCUGUCCCAGCUGCUGGAUGGGCUCCUGGUGCUGGAAAAGAAGCUGCGGGAAGGGCCAGACAUGGUGCCCAGCCCGCGGUCCCACCCGUUCCUGGGUGACCUGCGGCAUCGCAUGGACAAGUUCGUGAAGAAGCUGGGUGGGCCGGGCACCCAGCUGCAGAACGCCUGGCUGGAGUUCAAGAGCAAAGCCUUCUCUCGCCACGAGCCCGCCAGCUCCCAGGAGCUUCUGCAGGUGCUGGGGGGCGUGCGGCACCAGCUCUGCUCCCUCUACCGCCAGUUCUUCCUGAACCCCCUGGCCGCCCCAGGCCUGCCGCAGGGCCUGCUGGACCGGGCGCAGCGCCUGCUGCAGGAGAAGUUGCUGGACUGGAAGGACUUCUUGCUGGUAAAGAGCCGGCGCAACAUCACCAUGGUCUCAUACCUGGAGGACUUCCCCGGGCUGGUGCACUUCAUCUACGUGGACCGCGCGGCUGGGCAGAUGGUGGCCCCCUCGCUUGGCGUGGCCGAGAAAGCUGCCUCGGAGCUGGGCCGGGGCGAGCUGCCCGCCUUCAUCAAGAGCAAGGUCUGGUCCCUGAUUGCGCUGGCGCGGCGCUACCUACAGAAGGGCUACACCACGCUGGUGCUGCGGGACGGCGACUACUACUGCUCCUACUUCCUCUGGUUCGAGAACGAGCUGGGCUACAAGCUGGAGGUGAUGGAGGUCCCGGUGCUCUCCGAUGACUCUGCUCCCAUCGGGAUGCUGACGGGCGACUACUACAGGAAGCUGCUGCGCUACUACAGCAAGAACCAGCAGGCCGAGGCGGUGAAGUGCUACGAGCUGCUGACGCUGCACCUGGGCGUCCUGCCCCCCGAGCUGGUGGUCCAGCAGGCUGCCGACCUGGCCCGGCGCCUCUGGGAGCCCUCCCGCAUCCCGCUGCUCUGAGCCGGGUCCUGCGGCUGCCACGGCACCACGCCCCCACC